GUGUGUGAGGAGGCCAGGUGUCCCAACAUUGGGGAAUGCUGGGGAGGAGGUGAAUAUGCGACUGCGACAGCCACCAUCAUGUUAAUGGGGGACACCUGUACGAGAGGCUGUCGCUUCUGCUCCGUAAAGACGUCGAGAAGUCCUCCUCCGUUGGACCCCGAGGAGCCGACUAACACCGCAGAAGCAAUUGCCGAAUGGGGACUUGAUUAUGUCGUGUUGACCUCCGUGGACCGGGAUGUCCGCCCGUCUGAAAGUUCCCUGCUUGAGAAACGCUAUUCUCAAAGUUUUUCUGUCUUAGAGCAGGGAUAAAACUUAGCCAGCGAGGCAGCAAACCUAAGAUCCAUCCAGAAGUUUACCCGUGUCAGGCUAAUAAAAAAGAUUGAUUCCUUUUUUUGUUGUUUUUGCAGCCAAGUUCGGGAUCCACGGGCCAAUUUUGAGCAAUCCAUUUGCGUUUUGAAGCACGCUAAGAAAAUUCAGCCUGAUGUGAUUUCCAAAACGUCGAUCAUGCUGGGCCUGGGGGAGUCUGACGAACAGCUGCACGACACCUUGAAAA